CUUGCCUCCGUUCUCACUCAGCUGCCAAACCCGUCUGUGCCAGGUCACACCGCUUCUUCCUUUUAUUAAUCAGCACACUUGAUGUAUGAUGUAUCGCCAGGUUGUUUCCCAAUCGUAUGGCGGUAGCCGACCUUUAGACAAACAGACUUCACACGGGUUUGUUUCCCACUCGUCGACUGGCUAUGCCCGACCUAUAGACAUGGCGAAGGGCUAUGCCUUCAGCGACAGCGGAGUGUUAAAGGGGACCAGGAUCUCAACCAGCUAUGGCACACAGGUUGGCAGCAGCUUCGGGGGGGGUUAUGACUACCAGUCCCUGGGGUCUGGGUCAACCUCUGGAACCCUGGCCAUCACUAAUGAGAAGGCAACCAUGCAGCACCUGAACGACCGCCUGGCUAGCUACCUGGAGACAGUGAGGAAUCUGGAGAAGGCCAACAGCAAGCUGGAGAUCCAGAUCAGAGAGAUCAUCGAGAAGAAAGGUCCUUUAGAGGGGAGGGACUACAGCAAGUACAAUGCCAUGAUCGCUGAGUUGAGGGCCAAGAUAUUUGAUAUGGUCAAGGACAAUGCACAUCUUGGAAUCUCUCUUGACAAUGCACGCCUGGCUGCAGACGACUUUAAAACCAAGUUGGAGUAUGAGCUGUCCAUGCGUCAGUCGGUGGAGGCCGAUGUGGCCGGACUGAGGAAGAUUCUGGACGACACCAACGUUAUUCGCCUGCACCUGGAAAGUGACAUCGAGUCUCUGAAGGAAGAGUUGAUCAGCCUGAGGAAGAACCAUGAGGAGGAAGUUGCAGAAUUGCGUGUCCAGAUCUCCCAAGCUGGCGUCCGUGUGGAUGUUGACGCUCCUAAAGGGCAGGACAUGGCCAAGAUCAUGGAGGAGAUGAGGGCUAAGUAUGAGAAGAUAGCACUGAAGAACCAGGAGGAGGUCAAAGCAUGGCAUGAAUCUCAGAUUACAGAGGUGCAGGUUCAAGUGACUGAGAGCACAACAGCUCUGAAGGAAGCCACAAGUGUGAUGACUGAUAUCAGGCGCAGGUAUCAGGGACUGGACAUUGAACUGCAGUCUGCACUUAGCCUGAAAGCGUCCCUGGAGGCCACCCUGCGUGACAUCGAGAUGCGUUACAACAUGGAGGUGGAGAAGUACAACAUGGUCAUCCUGAGGCUGCAGGAGGAGCUCACCAAGAUCCGCGCUGACAUCCAGCACAACACAACAGAGUAUGAGCACCUGCUCAACAUCAAGGUGAAACUGGAGGCCGAGAUCGCGGAGUACAGGAGGCUGCUGGACGGCGAGGCAGACUUUAAACUACAGGAUGCAGUUGAGUCAAAGAAAGUUCAGACCAAAGUGGUGACAGUCACCCAGACACUGGUGAAUGGCCAAGUGGUGUCAGAGAGCAAGGACAUCAAAUCUAGUGAAUCUAGUGCUUAAAAAACUGGAAUAAAGAAACCUUUGUAACUAAAUAAAAUAAACAAAAAGUG